AUGGUGACCGGGAUCGAAACUGCCAGUCUCGUGUUGGCAAUUCUGCCACUGCUGUUAAACCAGCUCGACAAUUAUGUCCUAGCAUUCCAGAGAAUGACACACCUCAGAUCGAAAAUCUAUUGGCGAGAAAUGGAUGACUAUCGUACCAUUCUGGAGACUCAAAAGGUUAUAUUUCUCAAUACAUUGCAGAUUGCUGUGGAUGGAACCAUUGAGUAUGAAUAUGGAGAUUGGAUGAGCGGCUCCCCCGAAUUCUGGGAAAAUCGAGAGGUACAGCAGAAGCUUAGGCAAAAGCUUGGAGAUAGUUAUGAGUCAUUUACGAGAACAUUAAAACGUCUGUCAGACUUGCUACAAAACCUGUUCGAGAAACUGGGGGGUAAUGCUGAAAGAUCCUUUGUAAAACAGCUCAUGAAACUUCGUCAUUUCGCCCUACAGAGCGUUUACAAGAACCUAUUCGAGCAGAUCAAGUCUUUUAACAGCGAUCUAAAGACCUUGGUGGAGCAGUCCAAGCAAAUUCAGGAGAUGGACGCAAGAAGGGCCCUACCCAAUGGAUCGCUGGGGCGACACCGAAUAGGCCGUCAAUUAGCAAGUAGCCUGCAUAAUGCGAUCAUCAAUGGAGAUUAUUGGCGGUGUCUUUGCAGAGAUCAGCACAGCAUUUGCUUUACCUUUGACUGCUCGACAUCCCCAUGGUCUCGUGACUCGUCGAGCCAAAGUUCCCCCAACCCCAAGUUUCGAUUGGCGAUUGGGUUGAAGAUAGGGUUCAUGGCUCUGGAAGCCCCGGGCCGCUGGCGCGAUAUCGAGGCUGAACCAGACAUGCAUAGUCCCUCGCAGAAACCGUUCCAUGAUAGCCAUAUUACGUCAAGCCAACGUGGUUCGGUCAUCAAUAGAAGCAUACCGAAUAUUAACUUUGCCCAAGGAUCUUCAAGUACCGUACAAGGAACCAUCAUUGAGAUCCAAAAUCUAUCCGCCGCACACCAGAUCGUUGAUAUAUGCACUUCACUGUCGGCCAACGAUAUCAAUGAGGGGAAACGGAAGCUUCUCGGGUAUGUGACCGAUAAAAAGCACAAACAUAAAAUAUACCAUUUGGGAAGCAAUGCAGAGAGCGUACAAAACAUACAGUUACAAACUCUCGAAGAGCUAAUUGCAAUAUCAUCCACCUCGCCUCGGUAUUAUACUGGCGCCCGAUACAUCCUGGAUUUUGGAAUGCAUUUACAGCUCGCGGUGAAUCUUGCAUGCACUGUUUUCCAAUUUGAGGGGAAUUGGCUACCAAGACAGUGGCGAGUCAGGGACAUCAAAAUCCCCACAGAUCCGCAUGCGAUACACUUAUCCUUUGUCGAAUGGAACCUGAAUAGCAAUGUCAGACAGCUGCAGCAAAGCCAGGAACCGGCAGGCGGACCUUUCAUCUACUUGGGGAUCGCGCUGGUGGAGCUUUCUUUGUGUCAAAAUCUAGUGGAGUUGCAGACCGAAGAAGAUCAUGAUCAAGUGCAGAUCCUGGCUAGUCGCAACACGGCACUCCGUCUCCUACCACAGGUAGAGGUGCGAAGCGGAUAUAGAUAUCGCCAAGUGGUAGAUCGAUGUCUGAAUUGGCCGAACUGUACUCUUGACAACGUUGACAUAUCCAAGGCGUAUCAGUCGAUCAUUGCGCCAUUAAUGGAUCACUUGACGAUUUUCGGAGGGGAAGCGUCUAGACUAGGGAAGUUACAGAAACGAACAAACACCUGA